AUGUCACAAGUCGAUCUCCCUUCGAUGAUAUUCUUCGAUGUCUUGGGAACAAUUGUGGAAUGGAGAUUUUGCAUCACGAACGAACUGAGUGCCACAGCAGGGCAAGCUCUGCAAGACCAUGAUCGAAAUCUGAGCUCCGCAGUGCGAGCACGUGUCUGUGGAUUGACAACUUCGAGCUGGCAAGGAAUUGCUGAGGAAUGGCAUCAGUCAUAUAUGAACUUCAGCGACACUUACGAUGCAUCUAAACCGUUUGUGUCAGUAGAUGAGUACAAUCGCAUCUCUCUGGAAAGCAUUCUCUCCGAGCACCUUAUCCGGGAUCUAUUCACUGAGGAAGAUCUCGAAAGUUUAACACUCGCUUGGCAUCGACUUGACUCAUACUCCGAUAGUGUGCCGGGCCUUUCGUUGCUUGGCACUAAGUUUUCGACGUCUACAUUAUCCAACGGUAAUAUAAAACUUCUCGAAGAUCUCCAGAAACACAAUUCCUUGCCUUUCAAGUUCAUUAUCAGUGCAGAGAACUUCGGUGCUUACAAGCCAUCGCCAGAGGUCUAUCAAGGUGCAGCGCGCAGAUUCGGCUUAAAGAAUUCAGAAUGUUGUCUAGUUGCAGCCCAUCUUGAGGACUUGCAGGCAGCUAAAAAUUGCGGGUUCCAAACAAUCUAUCUCGAGAGAGAAUUAGAAGAAGCUUGGGAUAGUGGAGACAUUGCACGAGCUAAGAAAGAGGGUUUUGUCGACCUUUGGCUCGGAGUUGGAGGCUCAGGUCUAAUUGAAGUUGCUCGGUAUUUUGGCAUAGACAGUUGUUCUUGA